AUGCCGUCGUCGGCUGAUCGUACCUUGCCACUAGCACGGCGAAGCCGCAAGUCUAUCGGCGCGCAACCGGCAGCCCGCGACGCCAUGGACAAGGAAAAUGCGACAGUUGAUGUGGGCAGUUCACUGGCUGCCAGUCGCAAAUCUAGGAGCAAGAGUAUGGGUCCUGGUGGAUUGGACGCCUUGAAGCAGUCCGCUGGGAACAGGCGCGCUUCUCUUGCCGCCCCGGUCAAGCCCCCGCGGUCGAUUCUAAAGCCUAGCAUCUCCUCGCUCCCCGAGAUCCCGCCCCUGAAGAAUGGAAAUCGAAAGCCCGGCGCUGCAAGCGAUGCUCGCGAUCCGACCCCAGGCUCGAGCCUGUCGAGCGAAGACUUGCUCGGAUCGAAGCUUCCCCUGCGCACAGAGGAGGAACAGCAAGCUGCCGCAAAGGAGAGAGAAGAGCGCGACAGGCGGGAUGCUCGUCGAAAGUCACUCGCCAACCGAAGGGUCUCUUUCGCCGCCGAGGCGACACUUCAUACCUUCCAUGAGGUCGAAUACAUGCAGGACUCAACCAGCUCGACCGACUCGACCAGGAGAGCCUCGUCCGGUGCCAAGUCCCCAAGCCGAAGCUCUGCUACAGCCACUCGUGAAGAGACGCAUCCGUCGCAACCGGAGAACAUCCCCCGGUCGCCAGAAGACCAGCGAGAACUUCAACAGCGUCGACGGCGCAGAAGCUCAGGAAUCCCGCCCAUGAACUUCAGCAACGCACACGAUGAUACGCUAGCAUCAACUGUCUACAGCUCUGAUUCUGAGCCUGCGGACGCAGUGGAGGAGAUAGCAGAGGACGACGAUGAGGCCUCUAGCAGCGACUCUGACGACGGGACCAUGAUGACCAUUGACACUGAAGAGGUGACUGGCACCUCAGUCGCCUCGGAUCGGUCAACAGCCACAGCUGAGGACUCCACACUGGAUGAAGCUCUUAGGAUUGCCGCGCAGAGAGCCGGAGCGGGCAGUCACGAAAAUGAUGAGGGCGAGGACUCCGACGACGGAGAAGAAGUCAUACCGUCGUUUGGCUGGGAAGAACAGGAUGACGAAACAGAAAUGGAAAUGGAUAUUGACGCGGACAUGGACAUGACCCACGCCGUCGGGCGAAUCUUAAAGCCUCCCAGCACCCACGGGACGGAUCCUCGCGGAGACAUGUCAAUGGAUGUCACCCAAGCCUUUGGUGCUAUCCUGUCACAAAACAGAGCACAAGAUCCGGACGACGUGGAGGACCACGAGGACAUGUCGAUGGAGCUGACCACCAUCAUCGGGGGCGUGCUCUCCAAGCCUCGGGACUCGCGUGCAGCGGCCAGCCGGCGACAAAGCCUCAGUCGCCUGGCUGAGGCAGAUGUGGACGAUGCCGCAAUGGACAUGACUGUCAGUGUCGGCCGAAUCAUGUCUGCUACCAGCCCAGAAAGCAAGGAGGAUGCAAACGCAACCACGGGCAUGGACAUCACCACUGCCAUAGGAGGCAUCAUCAAGAACGGAGAGAUGACUCCGCGAACUCUCAAUAAGCGGAUCAUGGAAGAAGAGGUCGACGGACCAGACAGCCCGAGAAGGGCAAUCAUUGCGGCAGUGACCCAACAGUCGCCGUCGCGGAGGUCUUCCCGAAUCUUGCAGACAACGGAGAAGGCAUCAUUGGAGAGCCCUGGGCUAUCGGCGUUUCAAGGGAAAGGCUUGCGCCGAAGUCUUGGACCGCCGACGCAAACCACACCUCAAUCUGGAGCACGAUCACGGACGCUGUCGCCUUCCAAGACAAAGACGCCGCAGCGACAGCCGGCUUCUACCAAAAAUCCAGAAACGGGGAAACAAAGCCCGAAACCACUGUCAGCUUCGCCGGAGAAGCCUAGUCCAGCGAGCGAAAAGAAAACCCCUUCACCAGCAAAAGCUACUCAACAGAGGGGCUCUUUCUUCAGGCGGAACCCCGAGACAGGCGACAAGACUCCAACAGUUGUGCUGACACCCCCCAAGCGCCGACUCUCUGGGGUUGGUAUCGAUCGACCCGGUCUGGGAUCUCCUCAGGUCGCCGCGCUAUGCGACCGACGCGGCUCCAUUAGCAAAUUGGCGUCCGUUUUCGUCCCUGGAAAGCGAGCAGUUGCUUUUGAGGAGCCAAAGGAAGUAGAAAAGGAGAUUGAUAGAGAGCGUCGGGAUGAAGAGGAUAAAGAGAAUCGACGCAAGAUUCUAGAACGCGAAGCCGAUGGUUCGCAGGAAGACAGAGAUGCCACCUUCAACCUUCGGGAGAUGAUCAACAGCCUCAGCCCAAAAUGGAAACCGCUCAGAGGAAGGAAGAGUCUCCACAUUGGAAGUGCCAAAGGCCUGCUGGGCAAGCGGCCUGCCGAGUUGGAAGGUGAUGACGAAGCCGAAGAUAACGACGGGGUCAAGAGACUUAAGGGACAUCAGAGCAGCCCUGUCAAAAACGUGCGACUGCAGCAACCACCGUCGAAUUCCGAGACUACUGGGCGGCUCACGAGAUCGGCACGAAGGAGCCCGGAGCAAGCUCCAGCCGCGACGUCCCAGAAUCAGGGACGCUUCAAGGAUGUCGGAGACAGCCCGAGUGUGCACGAAGUCAACUUUCAUGAUUUAAGCGUCAAGGAUGACGCGGAACUUGAGCGUGAGGUCGACGAGGACAAGAUCCACCUCCAGGACUUUCUAAACAUGACUUCGAUUCGCUUCAUGGAACUGACAACCACUAAGCGCCGCCACACGAUUGCUCCUGGAACUCGAGAGGACGGAAGCGCAGCCGACGGACAGGAUGACCUUUCUCUGGAGUGCUGCGUGGUCGCGGGUGCCUGCACCGUCCCAUUGCUGGAGCUAUAUCAACAUUCGUGCCGGGAGCUCAAGCAAUACAUUUCCGAAGGACGACGCAUGGUUAAGGAGAUUGAAAAUGAGACGUUUGAAGAAAACCCGCCUCUCUUCCGCGAGUACAUGUCGGCCACGCCAGAGGUCAAGGCACUCAUGGACAAUCAGUUCAAAAAUGUCAAGACUCACGCCAGGCUCCUAAGCAAGGCCAUGUGGUACGAGUGGAGGAUGAAACUACAAGACGGCCUCAAAGAAGGACUCGUGAAUAUCGCCGAGGGGAUGGAGAGCGACUCGAAGCUUCUGCAGGAGCAGCAAGAUUUGCUGACUUCAGUUUUGCCCGCCCUCGCGGCGCGUUACGAGUCCCUCCAAGAAGAAGAGGGCAAUCUGCAGGCGGUUGCUCGAGAAAUGGCCGACUGCGACCCGGCUGAGCUUGAAUCGGCUCGGCAGGAGCUGGAAGCCCUGGAAGAGGACGUUGCCAUCAAGAAGCAGCAGAUUGCCGAGCUCCGACAGCACUUUGAGACUUCGGCCGCAGAGGUGGAGGACCUGUCGCUGAAGAAGACGAAGUGCAUGGAAGAGAUGAACAAGUCGGAGAAAAUCAGAGAAAAGUAUCGUGGCUGGACAAGCAGAGAGGUCAAUGCUCUGAAAGCUCGCGUAGAAGCCAUCGAAAAGCAGCAUGGCUGGGCAGUCACAGGGCUCUCCGGGUCAAACCUUUCCAUGACGUACAAGCGGGACAUUGAACUUGUCGUCGACAUUGCUUCGAUGCAGCCCGGUGGGCCGAAUUCGCCCAUGGAUCUCUGGUACAUUGCCGAUGCUAGAGAAAACGACCCCGUGCCGAGGACGACGGAAAAGGAAAUCUGGCUGCAGUCUAUGCGCCAUCAUGCCCGGGCGCUGCAACAGAGCGGAGCCAAGAUGUCUGACCUCAUUGGCGAGGUUCAGGCUGGAUGGGACAAGGCCUUGCUGGUGUCGUCGCAAAUCAGCCGCAUCAACGUCGUGUUCCCAACCACUGUUGCCAAGACAUCCGACUCGAGCAUUUCGGUGACAAGCUCGCUGCUCCUGGUGCCUUUGCGAACAAAAGUCGAGGUCAGGCUUCUGCUCCGGAGCUGCAGUGGCCAGGCCGGGAUUGAUGUGGGCAUCUCGGCCGAGGCCAAGGUUGUGUACGGAGAGCACUUCAACGUGGGCAAGAUUGAAGACUUUCUGCUCACGAGGAUCGGCAACACGGUCAAGAAGGAAAAGAGCGAGGAUUGGAGUGACGUGUUUGUGGAGCUACGGCGGAGACUGAUUGCCAGGGGGAAGAAGUGA